UGAAAAGUUCAAAGUGAAACAAAAUGGCGGAUACAACGCUUUCCUCCGAAAAUGUUCAAAAGUUGAAGGUUGCAGACCUGAAGAAAGAGCUGAAAGAUCGGGGUCUGACGGUUUCUGGGACCAAGGCAGAACUUGUGGAGCGCCUUAUGAAGAGUCUUGAAGCAGCAGAUUCUAGUGAGGCUCCUGAUAUCAGUCUUGGUGAAGAAAAUAUAAGCUUGGAGGAGCAUGAUGAGGACCUGGUGUUGAAGGAAGACAAGAAGGAAGAACCUGAGGAGCCACCCAAGAAGAAAAUAGCUCUCAUAGCCCCUGUCAAAGUCACACCGGAGCCGAUUUCCUCCCCCGUGUCUGAGGACAAGCCGACCGUGUCAGAUGGAACCGAGCUUGAGAAACUGAAAAAGAGAGCGGACCGGUUUGGUGCUCAGUCCGAGAAAACUAAACUACAGAUGCGAGCAGAAAGGUUUGGCAUCAACUCGGCCAACACUACAACUACAAAAACAACAACAACAGCAGCAGCAGCUGUGAUAAAGCCUGGGAAACUCUCACAAACACCAGUCACAGCAGAGGACUUGGAAAAACUCAAGAAGCGGGCCGAGAGAUUUGGAUCGACUGUUUCCACUGCUCUGUCUAAGUUGGAGGAGGAAGACCGCAUAAAGAAGCGGAAGGAAAGGUUCGGAGGCAUGGUAUCUGCAGACAGUUCAACACCCGGAAAGACAGCUUCGCUCCCCGAGAUGGAUGAAAAGAAACGGAAACGAGCUGAACGAUUUGCUCUGUCAUGAUUGAGAGACAGCUGUCACUGAUGCAUCGUUCAUUCAUCGUCCAUCCUCACGUUGACCUCCUAGUUGCCAUGGUUACUGCAUCUGCCUCUCGCAUACUGAAGAUAUUUUCCUCACAUUGUGCCUCCUUUGUCAGCUGACUGUUGUCAUCCCAGGGCUGUACCAUCACAUGGUACACACUGUCAGAUACAUGGUACUCACUGUCAGAUACAUGGUACACACUGUCAGAUACAUGGUACUCACUGUCAGAUACAUGGUACUCACUGUCAGAUACAUGGUACACAAAUAGUAUCACAUUGUCACUAAACGCAAUGCACAUUGUCACAAUAUGUCAUACACAGUGUCACAAUAAGACACAAAAUGGGAUAUAUAUUAUCAUGAUACACAUCGUAAAACAAAGAAAUGUAUGACCGUUGGUUCGAAUUCCAGAUUCGCCCCGGUUAUGUUUCUUUUCUCUUUUUGUCAGCUUCAUACCCAUGCUUGUGGUAAACAUCUAAGACCUUUCUUACUACAUCUAGCGGACAUUAAUUAUAGCAGAUUUACUCACUCACUCAACCCCAGGGCAAAAGGUCAGUGGUUCGAUCCCUGGACUCUUCAUACCAAACUUGUUGUUACCCUGCCUGGCGCUGGGCAUUAAGGGGAUAAAACAGGGACUGGCCGGCUUGGAGUCAGUAUACUGUGUCUCAGCGGGGUAUCAAUCCCUGGACGCUUCAUACCAGACUUGUUGUUACCCUGCCUGGUGCUGGGCAUUAAGGGGAUAAAACAGGGACUGGCCGGCUCGGAGUCAGUAUACUGUGUCUCAGCGGGGUAUCGAUCCCUGGACGCUUCAUACCAGACUUGUUGUUACCCUGCCUGGCGCUGGGCAUUAAGGGGAUAAAACAGGGACUGGCCGGCUCGGAGUCAGUAUACUCUGUCUCAGCGGGGUAUCGAUCCCUGGACGCUUCAUACCAAAGACGUUGAAAGAUGGUACUUGUUGUUACCCUACCUGGCGCUGGGCAUUAAGGGGAUAAAACAAGGAUUGGUCGGCUUGGAGUCAGUAUUCUGUGUCUCAGCCGGGUAUUCAUGUUAAACUGCGGGAUGGUAUCUCAGUGGGGUAGCACUAUAAAAUCAGCAUUAGUCCGGUACAAGCAGCCACACGCACAUGUGCAAGCACAUCGCUAUAAAAAUGCAAUAAUCUUGAAUGCAACAUUAACCCCAUUUCACCUCGGCUCAACAGAAGUUCAUCUUGAUGGAAUGCGGUGUGUAUCAUCUGAUGACAGUGUGUAAUAUGACAGCCCUUGGAAUCAAGUCAGCAGGUGGAAACGGCCUCAUGUUCUGUAAUACUUUCAUGGUUUAUCUUGUAUGAAACUAAUGAAUUAAUCAAAACAAAUGAUUUGCCAUCAUGAUCCCCAUGUUACAAGGGAGCAUCCAUUGUAUGAAAAUAAACAUGCAUUUUGGGACCACUGGGAACAUUUGUUAAACUUGAAGUUUCUCAACUACAAUU